AUGAAGGAGGGCUUCGCCCUUAAGAUUUGCCACUUUCCUAGAGGGGCUGGCCAUGCUGAAGCAGCUCAUCGGUCAGCUUCAAGAGUUCUUGGACCUCUACGACUCCACCUUCCUCUUCUUCCUUCUUCCUUCCUCUCUUCUUCUUCUUCCUCCAUUCUUCUACCUUCUCAGCAACUCUUUUUCUCCCAGCCUCUCAUCCUUCACCAGCGCCGCAGAUGGUGCUUCGUUGAUAUUGAUGAUUACUCUGUAGAUGAUUGCCAAGAACUUGUAAUGGCAGCUGGAAAGUCUCGAAGUUUCAACAUGUUGGAGCCUUUAAAGCCUCCACCGACCAAGAGGUCUCGAAAAGAGAGAAAGGGGAAAUCAUCUUGUCUGUCUUGUGCAACUGACGUUAUGGAACAACAAAUUUGGAAGGAUUUUCCUGAAGAUUUAUUAGAGGCUGUCAUAGCACGACUUCCCGUUGCCACAUUUUUCCGAUUUCGCUCUGUAUGCCGGCGAUGGAAUUCCUUGCUGACUUCUCAAAGCUUUUUUCAGCAUUAUUCUCAAGUCCCACAAGCAAGUCCCUGGUUUUACACCAUAACUCAUGAAAAUGUGAAUUCAGGAGCCAUUUAUGACCCUUCUUUGAAAAAAUGGCAUCAUCCUGCAAUGUCAAUGCUGCCUGCAAAGAUGAUUGUUUUGCCAGUGGCUUCUGCAGGGGGCCUCGUUUGCUUCCUUGACAUUGGUCACCGAAACUUCUAUGUCUGUAACCCACUGAUCCAAUCUUUCAAGGAGUUGCCAGCACGAUCAGUCAAGGUCUGGUCUCGUGUGGCAGUAGGAAUGACCCUAAAUGGGACUUCAACUAGCGCUGGCUACAAGAUCCUAUGGGUUGGUUGUGAUGGAGAGUAUGAAAUCUAUGACUCAGAAAACUCUUGGAUUCAUCCAGGAAACAUGCCUGCCAGCAUCAAGAUGCCAUUAUCACUCAACUUCAGGUCACAGGCUGUUUCAAUCGAUAGCAUGCUAUAUUUCAUGCGUUCCGAUCCAGAUGGGAUCGUCUCCUACAAUAUGGUCUCUGGGGUUUGGAAACAGGACAUAAUUCCAGCCCCGGUGCAUCUGACCGACCACACACUAGCUGAGUGUGAUGGACGGAUCAUUCUCGUGGGGCUGCUGACAAAGAAUGCAGCCACAUGUGUAUGCAUAUGGGAGCUGCAGAAAAUGACGCUCUUGUGGAAGGAGGUUGACAGAAUGCCAAACAUCUGGUGCUUAGAUUUUUAUGGAAAGCGCGUUAGGAUGACUUGCCUGGGAAACAAGGGCUUGCUUAUGCUGUCCUUGAGAUCGAGGCAGAUGAACCGGUUGGUUACAUACAACAUGGCGAGCAGAGAAUGGCUUAAGGUUCCUGGGUGUAUAGUGCCACGAGGGAGAAAACGGCAAUGGAUAGCGUGUGGGACCGCGUUUCACCCAAGCCUUACUGCAAUGGCUUGAUUUGAUUUGUAUCUGCAACAGCAGUGGCCUUGAUGCUUAUGUAUGUUGUUUCCACUUUCAUUGUGAUUUAACUAAGUAGAUUAGGAGAAGGUGGUUCGGUUUCAUGUUCCAAAUGCCUAAUCCUUGAACGUCUCCGUUUGUUCCUGUCUUCCUGGGUACUAUAAUAAGCUUAGUAGUUUAAUGUGGAAAUUGAUGGACUUCCUAAUUUUGUAGAAUAUGAAAAGGUGGUUUGUACUUUGUAGUGUGUGAAUGCUGUGGUUGUGGUCCAAAUGCUUGGACCUCGCACAUUUCUCAGAAAUGUGAUUUGGCUCCUGGUUGAUUUACUA